AUGCGCUCGGAGGCCGUCGGGGCGCGUUCGGAUGCCCUCGGGGUGAGCUCGGCCGAGAGGCUCGAGGAGCGCGCCAAGAAACUGCAGGAGCACUUCGAGCAGGCGCAGCACUGCAUGAAUUCGAUCAACGCGCUGUGCGAGGAGGCGGACGCAUGCAUUCUGAAGAGCCAGACCACCCUGAACAAGACCGCCAAAAAGAUCCACGACCUGACUCGGAGAGCGAGCAACCUCCAUCUCGGACAGGAUGCUCAUCACGCCGUGGACGACUUCGGCGAGGCGGUCCACCAGCCCGAGAUCAGCUCGCGGCGCGGCAAGGUCGGGCGAGCCGCCGCGGCCCCGGCGCCGCAGCUCCGCUGA